GAGAAACACGUGGUGAAACCAUUCACGUGUGGAGAUUGCAUAUGCCCAACACAUAAACUUUUUGGGAUCAAAUUCAAUGUGCGAAUGAGCUGCAAGUGUGGGAAGUGUUCUGGCGAAUACCCAUAUACCGCACUUUUCCAUAAACUUGAUGCUGGUUCACCUCAAACAACAAAGAUCAAGUCCUUUGCAGAGCUUCCAGUUCUAUUGGAUGAACGGUUCUGUGAGGACAACAAAUGCAAGGAUUGUGGAAUUAUGCUGAAUAUUGAUCUGUUGCUUUCAAACACACCACAUUUCUUUACAAUAGUUUUGAACUGGCUUGGUGGCAGUGAAAGCCAGGACACACUCUCUGAAGUCCUGGCUGGCAUCACGUCUCCUGUUGACACUGGAUUCUUUUGCAAAAGUGCCGAUUCUUCAACUAUGUAUACUAUCACCUCCAUGCUAUUUGGUAUUGGUUGA